CAGUUGACACUUGUUCUGUCAUUUGUGCUUAUGUGCUGUUGUUACUUGUUACUUGUUUAUAAUUUCACAUAUUUCUGUGCUGCGAAUUAAAUAAGUGCCGCUAUACUUCACAGCAAUAAUAAUUACACUCAAAUUAUUACGCGCCUACGCGGUACAUUCCUUCCAGAAGCUUUCUCUUCUAUAAAAUUUAUAAUUAAAGGAAUUAGAAAAUGGCAUUAGCUCUUCAGAGGCGUGCUAAUGUCAGACUUCCUCCAGAAGUUAAUAGGAUUCUUUAUAUAAGAAACUUGCCAUACAAAAUAUCAGCUGAAGAAAUGUAUGAUAUAUUUGGAAAAUAUGGAGCUAUAAGGCAAAUACGAGUUGGAAAUACACCCGAAACAAGAGGAACUGCAUUUGUUGUAUAUGAAGAUAUUUUUGAUGCAAAGAAUGCAUGUGAUCAUUUAUCAGGAUUUAAUGUAUGUAACAGAUAUUUAGUUGUGUUAUACUACAGAUCUAACAAAGCAUUCAAGGGAAUGGAUAUUGAGAAGAAACAAGAAGAAAUUGAUUCACUUAAAAAGAAGUAUGGAAUAUCUUCAGAGGAUUUACGCAAAUAAUAUUCAACACAACAUAUUAAAUUAAUUUUACUUGUAAUCUAAUUUAAGUAAAUAUAAAAUUAAAUUCUGAU